AUCUGCGCGUUUUAUACAGCAGGUCGUUUUAUAUAUUUCCGUGUGUUAUAUAUACAGAUAUAUUAUUUAAAGUGUAUAUAUAUUUGAAAUGAGUAAAAUUGUCGGAAAAUAUCAGCAUGAAAGAAGUGAAAAUUUAGAUGAAUAUUUCAAAACUCUUAAUCUCCCUUAUCUCGUAAGAAAAAUGAUAUAUAUAUCAAAUCCAAGAAAAGAAAUAACAAAAGAAGGUGACAAAUGGAUUAUUAAAAAUAUAACAAUUAUGAGAACUCAAGUGUGGGAAUUUUUGUUAGAUACAGAGUGGGAAGAAGUUAUGCCUUCUGGUGUUACAUUAAAAAACACUACUACUAUUGAAGGUGAUACUCUUAUUAUUGUUUCAAUAACCGAAGACGGAAAUAAAGUAACUAGAAGAUAUGAUUUUGAUGAUAACGGUAUCGUACUAACUAUGUCGCAUGAAAAAACUGAUCUAGUUGCUAAGCGAUACUUUAAAAGAAUAUCAUAACUAUCGUGUAUUUGAAAUAAAAUAUUUCCUCACAGAA